CCCGCCUUCGACGAGACACAUCGCACGAUGGCGCGCAAGAGAACAGAACGGAGAGAGCUGCGCGCUUAUCUGCGCAUGGUGCCUUCGCGGAACGUGUACGAGCAGAAGAAACAGCGCCGUCGCGCUCGUCUGACGCGCCUCGAUGACUGGGACGAGCCGAUCAAGCCGGCAGAGCAGACGACAAUAAAACCCCCCAGAGAGCCGCAAGUCUGGCUGGCUUCAUGGCGAAAGCCGUUGCCGCCAUUUCUGAAACUCCCCGCCGAGCUGAGGCAGAAGGUUUUGGAAAUGGUCCUUGACGAUGAUUCGGUGCUCUACCCCCGUCCAAAUCAAACAACCGUCAAUAUGGCCCUCACAUGCAAGAUCAUCGCCGAGGACAUGAGACCAGUCAUGAAGCUGUGGAAUAUGCGUGAGAUGCAGGUGCGCGGCGGCUUUCCCUUCGACAGGUCGGUGGUGGACGACUUACUCCGGCCUCUUAAAGUUGCUUCCGCCGUCUUUACAUCACAACAAAGACAAUCACGCGGCCGUCACAUCGUUUUCGCAGACGCAGCAGGUGCAAGCAAGGAAGAGCACGGUCGGGAGGUCGGCCCACCAAGCGCACAGCAGUCGAAGCAAGGAGGCAAAGAUGCGCGUCCAUCAGAGAGCUCGUGCAAGCGCGAGAUGCAUAGCAUGAAGAGAACUACUGAUGGUGGCACCCUGGAGCCGGAGAGGCAACUCGAGAAUGAAGCGGCUUCCACGGCUUCCGAGGCGCAGCGGCAACGUCAAGACGAGAAGAUCCGAAAGAGACGCAAGCAGAAGGCACGCAAGCGCAAAGAGCGGCUCGCCAAUCGUGGACAGGAAUUGCUGGAACUGAAAGACCGUGACCGCAAACAAUAUCGAAACUGGGCUCGGAAGAACGUUAUGGAGGCAGCAAUUGUGAAAGAGCGCAACAUCCUAAGAGCCGCUUAUGGUCUCGGCACGACUACCUAUCUAUCUGAUGCAGAGGAUUGAAGACGAGGUAGCAGAAAGGGGUAAUUUGAAGAAAGGCACGGACUUGCGAAAAUGAGACGUUAUCGACGCUGGUAGAUCAGACUGUGGCUCUACUAUGACUGUCAACCACGUCUCUCUACGGGUGGAUUCUUGGGAUUCUGUAAGAUAUUUGGACGCGUUACAGCGAUGCCACUGGUCCGGAGAACUUGGCGAUAGAUGCAGCAACAAUUCCCUCGGCAUGCUCUUCGGCAUCGUGCAUAUGGAUCCAAUCUUCGCGCGGAAGGCCAAUGCUAUCAGGAUCUUUCUUG